AUGGCGAUCGCUGCCACAGCUUCCAAAAGCUGCAUUGCGCUUCGCAGCCUCGCUGGAUCACCCAGUGCACCCUCCUGCUCUAGCUAUGCUCCGACAACCGUGAAGGCUGGCGUAAGGGCGACAGCCGCGAUCUCGGCGCCGACAAGCGGCGUCAGCCGCCUGUCCUGGUUGAGCAGUCAGCCUCCCGCAGGCCGCCUCGCGCGCGAUGCGCGGCGGUGGAAGCGCGCGGGAGCGUCGCGCGCAACGCGCGGUCCGGCAUCGAACAACGUGGUUGCACUUUUCACAGGCAUCGUGGAGGAGAUGGGGGCGGUGCGGCAGGUGCUGCAGGGCGAGGACGGUGGGUGGCAGAUGACCGUUGAGGCCUCCACCGUGCUCACUGACGUGCAUUUGGGUGACAGCAUAGCAGUCAACGGCACAUGCCUGACAGUCACCACUUUCGACGACUCCUCCUUUGUAGUCGGCCUUGCGCCCGAGACGCUCCGCCGCACCAACCUGGGGGACCUUAAGGAGGGCUCGCCUGUCAACCUCGAGCGCUCCCUGCGGGCCGACAGCCGCUUGGGUGGACACUUUGUGCAGGGUCAUGUGGAUGGCACGGGCGUGAUCAAGAGCAAGCGGCCAGAGGGCGAUUCUCUCUGGCUGACCGUGCAGUGCGACCCCUCACUGCUCAAAUACAUUGUCCCCAAGGGCUACAUUGCAGUGGACGGAACCAGCCUUACAGUGGUGGAGGUCAAUGAUGAGGAGAGCUGGUUCACCUUUAUGCUAGUUGCAUACACGCAGCAGAAGAUUGUGGUGCCAGGCAAGCAAAUUGGGGAUCGAGUGAACCUUGAGGUGGACAUUGUCGGCAAAUAUGUCGAAAGAGUGAUCGCGCCCGCAUAUAAAUAUAGCCAAUGA